AGUCUUAAUGUGACAGAAGAAAAAUUUGUUUUGGAUACACUAGCUGGAUGCAUGGAAUAUAAACCCUUAUUGGAUGUAGUAGUCAAUGCCUUUUUUGUUCAGGAUGGGAGAUACUGCCUGAUUUCUGAGCGUAAUCUCUAUAUAGUUAUUUGUUAUCUGGCUACUUUUCAACUAGAAGAGCUCGGUCUUCAGCGUUUCAGCAGAAUUGUAAAAUCUCUGGACACUGCAAAAAUGCAAAAGUUUCUUAGGUUCUUCUUCAAUGCCUUGUAUUUGAACACAUGGAUAAAAGAUGAAUGGAGUCAGUUCUACGAUUCACUGUAUGUAAAAGAGAACUGGAUUGAUCCACUGCUAAGGUGGCAGCCAAAAGUACAGCAACUGAUUGAACAGCUCACAGAUAAAUUAAGUAAUCGUACUACCACUGUCAAGACUUCGACGGUCACUCAGCCAAAGGAAUUUAAUUUGACUGUACCCAAACCACGUGCCAUUCCUAUACCUCUGCCAAUACCGGUACUGGAAAAAAGGCCACCUGUUCCUCCAACCACCUACAAACCUCCAAAGGAAAAAAAGCAGCUAGAGGAAAUCAAAACAAAAAAUCGCCGAAAAGCAGAAGAUCUGCUCCUGAAAGCAAAUGUUAACCAGUUCAGGUGUGCAACCAUGAAGCCUGAAAAGGGAGAGAACACACAUGACAGUAUGAAGAGUAAACCAACAUUCCAGGCUCAAAAGAUCCCAAGCAAGAUUGACAAUAUACCUAUUAAAUUAAAUGCUGCAGCUAUUUUAAGAGAGGGUGCCCUCUAUCAGCGGAAAAUGGAACAGGAGCUCAAGAGAAUUGAAAAUUUGCUACGAGGGGCUGGAGACCCAUCUGAAUUCUUGGAAUGGCAAAAACAGAUGCGUGGAAAAGAUUUGGAAGAGCAGCUGGCUGAAACAGAGUGUAGGAGGCUGCAAGGGAAACUGAGUCAUGAAGAGGCAGUUCUAGCCCAUCAGAAUGUAAUUCAAGAAAAUAAGAAGAAAGCUGAUCUAAUGAGAGAAGAGAAAGCGGAACUGAUGCACCAGUAUGCAGAAAAACGUCUACAGGAACAGAAAGAAAUGAGAGAGCUGGUGGAACAGGUCGUGGAAGGACACAAGAAUGCACAGCAAGCAAAAAUAAAGCUCCAGAAAUACAAACAGCGGAUAGUUCAGGAAGUUUGUGAAGAAAAUCGGGAACUUCUUCGGCAAGCUUUAGAAGAAGAGGAGGAAAAGCUUAGGAAAAGAUAUGAACUAAUUCAACAAAUACGAGCUAUUGAGUCUUUACCAAGCGUCAGACACAAGUUUGUUGAUUUAACUGAGACCGGUGGCCAUGGUUUAAUUUGUGAAAUGUCAAUAGUGGAACUACGUGAACGCCUCGCUCUACUCAGAGAAGCACAGAAGGCAGCAGAGGAAGAGAAGAGAGACCAGAUAAUUCAUGAAAAACAAGCUAAGGAACAACUUCUUCUAGACAAACUGGACCAGAUUUCCCUGUUCAGAGCAGAACUUGGACGAGCAGCCGCUUUAAAGCAAGAAGAAAAGAAAAGAAAAUCCCAGUCUGGUGAAAGGCCGAUGAAAGAUGAACGCAUUUUAAACCUGCAGAAAAAGAUUGUAGAAAAAACAAUGGAGCGUAAAAAGCAAACAGGACUCUUAAAGAUUACCCCCCAGAAAACCAGCAUCGCAUCAAGGAAGGAUUCGUUGCAAUGGAACCACUGGAAAGAACUGGAAGAGAGUCGGGAACGACAGUUCAAGAUCCUUCAACGUGGCUUCAUGGCCAGAGAAACAGCUCAGAAAAUGGCUGCCUAUGAGGCAGCAAGAAGUGGAGCCACAGUCUGUAUAUUGCGCUCUGAAGUAAAAUAAAAUACAUUUGGAACAAAUUCAGGCCUGCUGGAAAUCUCCCAGUGUGCCUGUUUACUACAAGGUUGAAUUUUAAUCUUUAUUUCACCUUUACAGUGUGAUUAGAAAAAUAUAGGUCAUACAGGCACAAAAGAAUAAAAAUGGGGGGGGGGUUGUAAUAGGAUUUUACUUUUUAAGCUAUAAUGAUACUUUUUUUUUUGUUAGAAUCAAAAGCUUUAAGAAAC